GGGGCGGCCUGGCCCUGUGGCUUGAGGUGUCCGACUCGGUGGCUGCAGCUCUGCGACGGUGGUGCGACGUUCAGGUGUCCUGCGCGGGUCCGGCCAUGCCGACUCGGGCGGAGGACUACGAGGUGCUGUACACCAUUGGCACGGGCUCCUACGGCCGCUGCCAGAAGAUCCGGAGGAAGAGCGACGGCAAGAUCUUAGUUUGGAAGGAACUGGACUAUGGCUCCAUGACAGAAGCUGAGAAACACAUGCUUGUUUCUGAAGUGAAUUUACUUCGUGAGCUGAAGCAUCCAAACAUCGUCCGAUACUAUGAUAGAAUUAUUGACCGAACCAACACAACACUGUACAUUGUAAUGGAAUAUUGCGAAGGAGGGGACCUGGCUAGUGCAAUUGCAAGGGGGACCAAGGAAAGACAAUACUUGGAUGAAGAGUUUGUUCUUCGAGUGAUGACUCAGUUGACUCUGGCCCUAAAGGAAUGUCACAGACGAAGUGAUGGUGGUCAUACUGUGCUGCAUCGGGAUCUGAAACCAGCCAAUGUUUUCCUGGAUGGCAAGCAAAACGUUAAGCUUGGAGACUUUGGGUUAGCUAGGAUAUUAAACCACGAUACGAGUUUUGCAAAAACAUUUGUUGGCACACCUUAUUAUAUGUCUCCUGAACAAAUGAAUCACAUGUCCUACAAUGAGAAGUCAGAUAUCUGGUCACUAGGUUGUUUGCUGUAUGAAUUGUGUGCAUUAAUGCCUCCAUUUACAGCUUUCAACCAGAAAGAACUAGCUGGGAAGAUCAGAGAAGGCAAAUUCAGGCGAAUUCCAUAUCGUUACUCUGAUGAAUUAAAUGACAUUAUUACAAGGAUGUUAAAUUUAAAGGAUUACCAUCGACCUUCUGUUGAAGAAAUUCUUGAGAAUCCUUUGAUAGCAGACUUGGUUGCAGAAGAGCAAAGGAGAAAUCCUGAGAGAAGAAGGCGGCGAUUAGGAGAACCAGGAAAGUUGCAGGACUCCAGCCCUGUAUUGAGUGAGCUGAAACUGAAGGAAAUACAGUUACAGGAGCGGGAGCAAGCCCUCAGAGCGAGGGAAGAAAGCCUGGAGCAGAAGGAACGUGAGCUUUGUGUUCGUGAGAGACUGGCAGAGAACAAGCUGGCCAGAGCAGAAGGUCUGUUGAAGAAUUACAGCCUGCUGAAGGACCAGAAGUUCCUGUCUCUGGCGGGUGGUCCAGAACUUUUUGAUCUUACAUCCUCGCUAAUGAAGAAGAAAGUACAUUUCAGUGGGGAGAGUAAGGAGAAUGUCAUGAGGAGUGAGAAUUCUGAGAAUCAGCUCACCAAAUCCAAGUGCAAGGACCUGAAAAAAAGGCUUCAUGCUGCUCAGCUUCGCGCUCAAGCCCUGUCAGACAUUGAAAAAACUUACCAACUGAAAAGCAGACAGAUCCUGGGCAUGCGCUAGCCUGACCCGGAGACACAGACCUGUGUACAGUAUUUAAUGUUGCCAGCCCUUUCGAGAUGGGUAUUCGACUGCUGUAGCCUGUAUACUUGGUUCCGCGAGCCGUGCCUUUUCUAUAGUAAGCAGGGUGGUUUGGUAUUACUCUUGCUGUUCUUCAGCAAGAAUUGUACCAAUGUCCACCCCGUUCAUUUUUCUUUCUUGUGUAAAG